UCAGGAAUCAGAUGUUUUUCACUCCAACUCGAUCUCAGAAUGGCCUUCUAACAACAGAUUCCCAGUUUUAUCCCGGUGGUUACUUUCCGUGUGGUUUCAAUGGGGUUGUGGAAAAGAACCAACGUGCUACUCCAAAGAAACCGAUCAUCAAGAAACCUUUGAAUGCAUUCAUGCUAUUCAUGAAGGAGAUGCGACAGUCAGUCAUCGAAGAGUGCACACUUAAAGAGUCGGCAGCAAUCAAUCAAAUACUAGGCAGGAAGUGGCAUGCACUUGAUCGGUCAGAACAAGCAAAAUAUUAUGAGAUGGCCAAAAAAGAGAAGGAGCUUCAUGCCCAGAAAUAUCCUGGUUGGUCAGCCAGAGACAACUAUGCAAUGAGUUCUAAAAAGAAGAAAAGGAGGCUUGAAAAUCAGGAUUCAACUGCUUCUUCAGAUUCUGAUUCUUCAAGACCCAUCAAAAAAAGUGAUUCAAAGUCAUUCAGCAGCAGUGCAAUGAGAGAAUUAUCGAUGAAUGGUGGAGACCACAAUCAUCAUCAUCACCCCUUCUCACCGUUGACAAAUGAUUUCUCAAGAGUCAACAACAUGAGCAUAACGAGUCUAUAGAGUAUCUCUAUAUUUCAUCCUGGUCUUCUUCAUCUCAUUCGCUUUUUACAUUCUAUUUUAUUUUAAUUUAUUGCACGACGUAUGUAUAUAUUUAUACCUGUGUAUAUUUUAGUUUACGUUUUGAUCUGAAUAACAUAUGUUUUUAUUGUGAAUCUUGUAAGUUAUUGUUUUUUCUUUUAAUUUUGACACAUUUUUGUUUUAUAUAUAUAUGUAGUUGAUUCAAAACUCUAAUCAGUAAAGUUCUCGAUAGUCAUCAGUCGGAGUUGUUAUACGUAUUCCAUCAGACGUGUUUCAUGCACUUUUGUUAGAAUCUAUAAAUUUCAACAAUGGCAUGGCCAAGAUGGUGUUGCCGUUAUUCAAUUUGUUAUCCAAACGUCAUAUCAACGAUCACAGUUUUUGAUGCUUACAUAUUCUUGUGCCUUCUAAUCAUCUAAGAUAUACAUUUCCAUCUUUGUCUAUAACAAUCCGAAUGUAUAUUUCUAAUAUUUUUCCAAACAUCUGUGACCGGAUAUUUGUGUAUCAUCAUGUCAUUACAUUCUUUGCAA